CUCACGGGGUCAUUAUAUGCAGACAUAGUAUAUUUUUCUAGAUCUAUAGAAUAAUUCUACAUUAUAUGAAGAUCUUCAUGGAGGAGUACUGAUUAGAGAUGCUUUUAGUGGAACCUUCUUCCCGCUUCUCCCAUGUCUGCUCCCAUGGCUCCAAUCAUUAUUCAUGCUCUUCUAGCAACUUUGUUUGCUCUCCCACUUUCUCUCAUUGCUCAAGCAGCAAACAAUCCAACCUCCCGAAUCAUUAUUGUUGGUGUUGUCUACUGUGAUACCUGCUCAACCAACACUUUCUCCAGAUACAGCUGCUUCUUGCCAGGUGCGGAUGUUCACAUUCAAUGUACAUUCCAAGCAAUCUCACCAAAAACUGCAGAGAAGAUUGAGUUCUCUGCAAACAGAACAACAGAUAGAUAUGGAAUAUAUAAAGUGACAGUGCCAGAGGUUGAUGGUGUUGAUUGUGUGAAGGGAUCGACAAUUGAAUUAAUAUGCCUGGCAAGUUUAAUACGGAGCUCAUCUCCAGCCUGCAACGUUCCUGGUUUAAAGAUGUCAACAGACGAGAUAUCAGUCAAGUCAAAGCAGAAUAAUCUCUGUAUUUACAGCAUGAGUGCUUUGAGUUACAGACCUUCCAAAAAAAAUGCUACCUUGUGUGGGAAACACAAAGAAGAGUUACAGAGUUCUUUCAACUCUUCGAAGUUUUUUCUCCCUUACUCCCCACCCUAUGGGUUCCCAUGGCAUACCUUGCCUAACAUGUCACCAUCACCCGUCCCUCCAUUGCCACCAUUUCCAUCUCCAUCCUUCCCUCCAUUACCUAUGCCAUUUCAGCCUUUUCCUCCCUUGCCAUCUCCUCGCCCAUCUUCUUUGCCCUUUCCAUUUCCGCCCCUCUCACCAACCCCAUCUCUUUUCCAUCCAACACCUCCACCAGCAUUUAAUCUAGGAAAUCCAAGGGCAUGGAUACCGAAUACCCCUCCAUUAGCACCUCCACCACCACCUGCAUUUAAUCUAAGAGAUCCCAGAACUUGGAUACCAUACUUCCCUCCAUCCCCACCUCAUAACCCUCAGAACCAAAAUCCAUGAUAUUUUGCUCCAGUUAUCACCAAAUUCAUGUUUCAUAUUUUAUAUUUCAUAAUUAUAUGAAGCUUCUAUGUAUGAUGAAAAACAGAUUAGUAUAGGAAUACAAUGUAAUCCAUUAAUCCCUUAAUGAGAUAAUUACAGCUACCAUUGACUUUCUGUAAAUAAAUCAUCACAUAAAUAAACGCUACUACCCAU